CGGUAAUCGGGUCCCGGAUUCACCCGCUGCCAUCCUUCUCCAGGCGUGGCCCCACAGGGCCUCCUGCUCCCCCUAGCUCUAGGAGAGCUGUACCCGGUGUGGCACGGAGACAUUGAGACGGACUAAAGCCCUGGGCGGCCGGGAGCGGGAUGCGUUAGUUCCCAUGCCGCUGGGCUGGAGGAGGAGAGCAGGGAGCGCCGCGGUGCGGGACUCGGACGGGGCCGAGGCGCCGGCAGUACUAGCGGCUUCUGGUUUUUCUGAGGGUCGCCCCAGAGGCUUUGACCAACGAGUCCGAGCCCGCUCCUGCUAUUUCUGGAGCCUGCGGGGCCGCGGUUCAGACGCCCCGAAAGGAAAGAAGGCCAAGGGGAAGAAGGUGGCUCCGGCCCCUGCUGUCGUUAAGAAGCAGGAGGCCAAGAAAGUGGUGAAUCCACUAUUUGAGAAAAGGCCUAAAAAUUUUGGCAUUGGACAAGAUAUCCAGCCCAAAAGAGACCUCACCCGCUUUGUGAAAUGGCCCCGCUAUAUCAGGUUGCAGCGGCAGAGAGCCAUCCUCUAUAAGCGGCUGAAAGUGCCUCCUGCAAUCAACCAAUUCACCCAAGCCCUGGACCGCCAAACAGCUACCCAGCUGCUUAAGCUGGCCCACAAGUACAGACCAGAGACGAAGCAAGAAAAGAAGCAGAGGCUGUUGGCCCGGGCCGAGAAGAAAGCGGCUGGCAAAGGGGACGUCCCCAGUAAGAGACCACCUGUCCUCCGAGCAGGAGUUAACAGCGUCACCACCUUGGUGGAGAACAAGAAAGCUCAGCUGGUGGUGAUUGCACACGAUGUGGAUCCCAUUGAGCUGGUUGUCUUCUUGCCUGCCCUCUGUCGUAAAAUGGGAGUCCCUUACUGCAUCAUCAAGGGUAAGGCAAGACUGGGACGUCUAGUUCAUAGGAAGACCUGCACCACUGUCGCCUUCACACACGUUAAUCCGGAAGACAAAGGUGCUUUGGCUAAGCUGGUGGAAGCUAUUCGCACCAACUACAAUGACAGAUACGAUGAGGUAAGAUCAGCUUUACACAAAAUACUGUCAUGUGCUAAUCUUUUUCCCAAACAACUGGCUGGCUUAACUCAUGAGCAGUUGUAUUUGGCAAUCAACUUGGAACAGCCAAACAGAACAACGCAACUAAUAACCUUGAAAAUCUCAGAAAACAGGCUAAGCUGACUCCCUGUUUUUGUCUUUUCAGAUCCGGCGUCACUGGGGAGGCAAUGUCCUGGGUCCCAAGUCUGUGGCUCGCAUUGCCAAGCUAGAAAAGGCAAAGGCUAAAGAACUUGCCACGAAACUGGGUUAAAUGUAAAUAACUGUUUCUGUAAAUAAAAAUAAUUAAUGCAAAUUUUCCUUCA